AAAUUCAUUCUUAAAAUAGCCGCAAUAUGCAAUAUUAAAAAUAGCCUUACAAAUAAGGAGAUGCUUGCAUGUAGAAGCUGUAUAAGCUGUCUUGAUCUUAUCACACGUGAUAUUAGCAGUGAUUUCACAUAAAAUUGCUUAUUCAAUGCUAUCACAUGAUUCUAACCCAUCUGACUAUGGACUUAUCUCAUAGAGAAAAAGAAUACAACAUCUCAAGAAAUAAUGGCCUAUGCGUGAUUUUCAAUAAUGUCAACUUUAAAAAUAUGGAAAGAAGGCUUGGAAGCCAUGAAGAUUCCAUACAAAUCGCAGAAACAUUCAGAUCCUUGGGCUUUGAAGUGUACACACACAUUGAUUGCACUUGUGAACAAAUGCGUUACUACCUUUCAAAUUUGAGGAAUGGACAAAAUAACAUCUCUUGUCUGUUCAUUGUUUUUCUGAGUCAUGGUGACAAGGAUGGAAUAUAUGGAGUGAUGGAGGAACGCAUCACAUUCACCGAAAUACAGAGUUGCUUAGUUAUGCACUUGAGACAUUUAGAAAAUACGAUUCCAGUAGUAUUUAUUUUUCAAAGCUGUCGAGAUGGAGAAAGGCCAAGCAAGGAUAUAAUCAAAUACCCAAGACCUAUCAGUGAUCAUUUCUUGUUAGUAUUUGCAACACAGCCUCACUGCAAGGCUUAUCGGGACCAUGAAAAAGGCAGUCUCUUUAUACAGUGUCUCUUAGCUGCAAUAAAGGAGGAACCACAAGAGACAAACAUGCUAAGUAUCCUAACGCGCACUAACUGCCUGCUGGGAGAGUCAGAGUGGAACAAAGAGACUAAUCAACGCCUUCAGUUUAAUUCACUGUUGCUAAAAGAUCUUCAUCUACCAAUUAGGAGACAGCUACAAUAUGGCCAACUAGAUCGGAAUUCUUGCAGCAAUAGUGAUGUCAGCACAGAGAGCACACAAGGAGAAGAAGAAAGCUCAUUAUAUAGAACUAUCAAGCCAGGAUUUCCAACCACUAUUCUCAAAUGUGGGCUUUGCCUUAUAUUAAAUAACAGCUCACAUCACAAACAAGAAGCACAUGACAAGCUGAAGAAGAAAAUGGAGGAACAAGGCUACUGUGUUCUCUCCUUCAAUAACAUCAAUUGGAGCAGCAUGAAAAUUUUGCUAGAAAUGGCUAGUAAAGUUGCCUGCGAAAAGUUCUUGCUAUUUGUGCUCAGUGAGGGAGAGCAGGAAUUAGUAUAUGACACUAAUCAAAAAGAGAUAAAAAAGAGACAGAUAAUUGACUUCUUCAUGGGUGCUGAUAAUCCAAUGAGAGAUACGCACAAGUUAUUUUACUUUCAAACAACUAUCAGUGAGCCAAAUGGAGCAGAAGCUCAGAAAAAAGAGAGGAGUACAAGAGAAAGCUUUCUUCUUCCUAGCAACUCUAUCUGCUAUCAAAUCUCAUCAGAAUCUUCACUCAUACCUUGCUUUCUCAAAACUAUGCAAGAGUACAAAGAAGAAUUUACAAAGCUGCCACUAAGAGACAUAUUAGCCCAUACAAGGAAGGAAGGAAAAAAGAGUGUUUCCCCAAAGGAAAUUAUAUGCUUCCAUGGCAGUUCAAAUCCAUCACAUAAUGAGCAUGCUGCUGAUAUGACAGUACAUUGCAACAAAGAAGACAUGUUGCUAGGAUAUUUGAUGUUAGUACCACAAAUUAAACUGACCAUUAAUCUCAAACUAAGGAAGAUCUAUACAAAAGAAGCUAUCAGUGGAACAGAACAAGACACUUUCUUUUGCUUGUUCUUCUUUCAUGAAUAUGAUGACAUCACCGGACAAAGUCUACAAACCUUUGAGGCAACAUUAACAGGCCAGGCACAAAAAAGCAAAGACCUCAUUAAAGCAAGAAGCAUCUGCCUGAUAGAGGAGGAACUACAUAAAAUUAUUGACAAUACAAUCAAAUCCUUUCCAGUAACAGAAGCAUUAAAGCAAGAGCUUCACACUUACCAAAUGUGUUCAAGGUGGACGAUGACAGCUUUUUUUGAAAGCAUGACUCAAACACAAUGCACCGAUCCUAAGGAUGUGAUGCGUGUCCACAGUGAGUAUGCUGAUUUCUCCCUUGGAGUGGUCAAACUUAUAAGAAACGAAUUAGAGAAAAUCAAAGAUCAAACUCCACACAUCGAUCAGCCAUUAGAAGAGCAGAAUAAAUAAGCAAAGGCUAGUGAUAUGACCAUAUCAAUUGACAGUCAUCUCCACAAAAAACAAACUGCAAUCAGUGUGAAAACAAAGGUACUACAGCAGGUACCAUAGUGUACAUGGACAACAGAGUCAAUUUGUAUUCAAGAAACAUCAAUUUACUAUUAAUAUACAUUCUAUAACAUUUUUAACUGAAAAUCAAAUUUUUGACAGUUAUUGUUGGACUAUUGUUCUUCUCCACAAUGAGAAAAUAUAUUCACGCAAGUAACUACCGGACAUAACUAAUCACUAUUAUAAGUUAUUUUUAGGGAUGAUGUAAUUUUGUGACUAUUUUUACAGUUUUAAUCUGAACUGCUA